GCGCCGGGAGCCUCGGGCGGCGGGGCGAGCGGAGCGCGUGGCCCGCGGCGAGCAUGCCUGUGCCAAGCUCUCUUGUGUCACUUGUAAAGUUCCAUCACUUGGUCUCCUGGUAGUGAGAAGAAUGGGUUCGAUUUCAGAGAUGCUCACUGCCAUCCCCCUUCACCAGAGGCCUGAUCUCUUGGAGGCCUGUGCUGACCUCAUCAAUGAAGAAUGGAAAAAGAGCAAGACUUCACGCCUCCACUCCCUGCAGAGAUCCAGUGACAACUUCCCCACAUGCCUGGUGCUGAUUCGGACUCCAAAGACAGUGGAGGAAACCGCUGAUGGGAAGAUGGCCAAGAGCCAGAGCCAGCUCCUGGGGCACGCCAGGCUGUCCCGGGUGGUCAGCCAGCCAAAGAGCUUAUUUGUGGAGACAGUGGUGGUCGCCAAGGCCCUCCGUGGGAAGGGCUAUGGCCGGAAGUUGAUGGAAGCUGUCGAGAGCUAUGCUACGUCUCGGGGCUAUCGGCGUCUGCACCUCACCACCCAUGACAAACAGCAUUUUUAUGCCCACCUGGGUUUUGUCUUGUCCACGCCUGUUCAGUGUGCCGGAUUCAUGAGUUCCAUCGUGCCUUUGGGGUUUUUGGAGAGUUUGUCUCCCUCACAGCCUGGCAGGGAACUCCAUGCAGCCUCUGCGAAACAUCAUCCAAGUGCAUCUUACAGCAGGAGGUCAGGGGCAGAUCUCCCUGUGUUGCCAAGUGCUACACCCCUUUACUCCUCCUCCGUUUGCUCCCCAGCCUCUUCUCCCAGACUUCCUCCGUUGACUCCUGCUAGUUCUUACCAUUCAGCAUCAGUUACAGGUUCACCACCUCAGCCAUCGGCUUCUGGAUUUUCCCGUAGCUCUUUGCAGCCUGUUAAUGCUUCUGUUCCUUCAUCAACAUCAGCCUCCAUCCCUCUCUCUGCUAGCUGCUAUGGUGCCACAAGUCUUCUGCUGCCACCCCCUCCCCCUCCUGUACCUCCCUCGACGGUCCUUUCGCCAGGCCAUGCAGACUCCCAUAAGCCUGCCUCUUCUAGCCCUUCAGGGAUCAAAACCCAGGGACAGUUGUUGGUAGACACGCCAUAUCGUGACCUGAAAGGUCAGCCUAUAUUCUGGAUGGAGAAAGACAUCUAAUCUUUUCAUCGUGUGCCAGAGUGGUGAUGAAAAUGAAAUGGUAACUGGAAGAAAAGCAGGAAGACUCUUACAAGGAAUACCUGGCUUCAUAGAUGCAAUGAGAAAUGGUCAUUUUGAAACGAAUAAGUUAAACGAUCCAGCCUCCCACAGCUCUAAUUUAGCUGAUUCCUUUCUGGGGAAGAGCCCAUUUUGAUGCCAUGAGAAUGUCAAGAUGCUAAGACAAUGCUCUCGAUCUUUUGAAUGCAUUUCCAAGGCCACUGCCCAUUGUAUUCUGAGGGCUGUUGCCAUCGCCAAGUGGGUAUCAUAUAUUUCAAUGCAUUUGUCUGAUUUCAUUUUAUCAAUAAACAAAGAUCUGACCUGUC